GUGACGGGGCCGCGCUGAGGGACGGGCCGCUGCAGGACGAGGAAGCUGCAAUGGAGAAUGAGCUGCUGAUGGCCUUUCUUUUGUCAUUUUCCAUAUUGUUCUGCGAAAGUCACCGUCAUGAAGUAGAGCUGGCUACUAUUGCACAGACCUCUGAGACAUUCAUUCUAGAUAAGGCAGCUGGUAUCAACACUGAAUUGGCAACACUUAUGCAGAAGCAUCACCUUCAGGAACUUUUCCAUCGUUAUGGGGAGAACAGUACUUUGACUAUUGAAGGAUUUAGAAAGUUGCUGCAAAACAUAGGAAUAGAUAAAGUGAAAAGGAUCACUGUUCGCCACGAUCAUGAUCACCAUCUUCAUCAUAACCAUGUUAUGCUAAGCAAAAACUUUGAGAGAACAGAUUGCCCAAAUCAUGAAUCUGGUGGUGUAAAUAAAGAUCUUAGUAAUGGUCAGGCAAAGGAAUUACAAAGAGUAGAAAAUGCUGAGCACAAGCAGAACUUGAUAAGCAACAAAAACACUAUUAUGGGAAUAACUGCAUCUAGCAACAUCACUGCUACAGAUGGCAAUCCUGUAUUACAGAAUUCAGAAAUCAGAGAAGUGAAGCCUGUUGUUCAUACAAGUCUAACCAGCCCCAGUGCCAUGAAUGUUACAGAAAGCAGCAGUGUGAGUUUACUUGUUAAUGGAAAAGCUAAUGAAUCACUUCUUUCCCUAAGGGAAUCUGAAAGAGGAAGUUACAUGUAUUCUAAAUUUAAAAACCAAAAUACACAAGAGUGCUUGAAUGUAUCAAAACUGAUGACGUCUCAUGGAAUAAGCACACAAGUAUUGUUGACUGCUACAGAAUUCAGCUAUCUUUGUCCAGCAAUUAUUAACCAGAUUGAUGGCAAAUUCUGCAUAAUGCAUGCAGCUAGUGAAAAGGCUGAAAGCCCUUCAAAAAGCAAUUCUUUGCAAAUAGCUUGGAUUGGUGGUUUUAUAUCAAUCUCCAUCAUCAGUUUUCUUUCUUUAUUGGGUGUUAUAUUGAUACCUCUGAUGAAUCGUGUAUUUUUCAAGUUUCUUCUAAGUUUCCUUGUGUCACUGGCUGUUGGGACUCUGAGCGGAGAUGCUUUUUUACAUCUCCUUCCACAUUCUCAUGGAAAUCAUCACCAUCACCACGAGAAACCUUUACUUGAACAAAAUGAAGAUGCCCUGUUCAAGCAUCUUGUCUUUCAAAGUGUAGAAGAAACUGCUUAUUUGGAUUCCACAUGGAAGGGACUGACAGCCCUUGGAGGCCUGUAUUUCAUGUUUCUAGCUGAGCAUUUGAUCACUUUAAUUAAGCAGUUUAAAGACAAGAAGAAAAAGAAAAAAAAUGAAGAUGCAGAAACUAAGAAGUUUUCAACAAAUGAAGAAAAAUUAGAUGCAGAUUAUCGGCCUGAAGGUUACCUAGGGUCAGAGUCACAAGAUCCAUCACACUUCAUUUCUCAGCAACCUGUGGUACAAGAAGAAGAAGAAGUCAUGAUAGCUCAUUCCCAUCAAGAGGAAGCUGACAAUGAAUAUGUAUCCAGGGGGUGUAGAAAUAAAUGUCAUUCACAUUUACAUGACACUCUUGGACAGUCAGAUCAUCUGAGUCACCAUCAUCAUGACUACCAUCAUAUUCUGCAUCACCAUCAUACCCAGAACCAUCAUCCACACAGCCACAGUCAGCGCUACUCUCGCGAAGAGCUGAAGGAUGCUGGGAUUGCUACUCUAGCCUGGAUGGUGAUUAUGGGUGAUGGACUACACAACUUCAGUGAUGGCUUAGCAAUUGGUGCAGCCUUUACUGAAGGUUUAUCUAGUGGAUUAAGUACUUCUGUGGCUGUAUUUUGUCAUGAAUUACCCCAUGAGUUAGGAGAUUUUGCUGUACUUCUAAAAGCUGGCAUGACUGUCAAACAAGCUGUUCUUUAUAAUGCUCUGUCAGCUAUGCUAGCAUAUCUUGGAAUGGCAACUGGGAUUCUUAUUGGUCACUAUGCUGACAAUGUUUCAAUGUGGAUAUUUGCACUUACUGCUGGCUUGUUCAUGUAUGUGGCUCUUGUUGAUAUGGUGCCUGAAAUGCUGCACAAUGAUGCUAGUGAUCAUGGAUGUAGCCGUUGGGGAUAUUUCCUGUUACAGAAUGCUGGAAUCCUGUUAGGUUUUGGGAUUAUGCUGCUUAUCUCUGUGUUUGAACAUAAAAUUGUGUUCAGCAUAAACCUAUAA